UUGACAAAUACUUAAUAGUUAAUACUCAAACAUUAUCGUCGUCGCUUCCUAAUAUUUGUCAUAAUUCUAGGAUAUACCUAUUAAUUGUGUUCUCACUGAUUAUUAAAUUCAAAAGAAAUAUAUAUGUUUUAAUAUGUUACCUGAUAGGAAAAAAUAUAUGAAUGAGUGACACCGGUAGUGAUAUAGAAGCGACUGAGCAUACUGCACUCAUGGACGGACAUAUAGCUGAGGCCCGCCCAGACAGGGAAGUUGCUGAACGCAUCGCGAGAAAACGUAAAACAAAGUCGGACACAACCCGUAACUAUGGAACAGUGGAACAGCCAGAUAGUAGGCAGGCAGGCGCAGGAGGCUCCCGUCGGAAUCCCUCGGAGGAAACGGCAGACCAGAGUGAAGAAAUGGAGUUGAAAUAUGGUGCGCGACAUGUCAUUAAACUGUUUGUGCCAGUAACCUUGUGCAUGAUGGUAGUGGUCGCCACUAUAUCAUCCAUUACUUUUUACUCCGUGAAAGAUGUCUACUUGGCAUAUACUCCGUUCCAUGAGGAGAGUCCUCACGCUGCGACGAAAGUGUGGAAUGCUCUCGCAAAUUCGAUGAUCCUGCUGUGUGUGAUAGCUUUUAUGACGGUGUUGCUUAUAGUACUGUACAAGAAACGCUGCUACAAGGUCAUCCAUGGCUGGUUGAUACUGUCUUCGCUGAUGCUACUUUUCUUGUUCUCAUAUCUGUAUAUAGAGGAAGCGCUGCGAGCGUAUAACAUCCCACUGGAUUAUAUAACAAUAUUUUUUGUGAUGUGGAACUUUGGUGUGAUGGGAAUGAUCACCAUUCACUGGAAGGGUCCGCUGCGAAUGCAGCAGGCAUACCUCAUAUUUAUUGCGGCAUUGAUGGCACUGGUUUUUAUUAAAUAUCUGCCGGAAUGGACAACAUGGGCUGUCCUAGCUGUUAUAUCAAUUUGGGAUUUGAUAGCCGUCCUCACACCAAAAGGACCUCUGAGGAUACUCGUUGAGACGGCUCAGGAGAGAAAUGAACCGAUAUUCCCAGCACUUAUUUAUUCAUCGACGGUGAUGUACAUGCUGGCAGCGGUCGAAGGUGAGCGCGAGCUGCGCCCUCUACAGCCGCAUGGAUCUUCGAACUCGGAGGGUAACGUUAACUCCGGGGGAGAUGGUGACGGUGAGGGAGGUUUUGAUAACGCUUGGAGGGAGCGCGCCGCAGCCGGAGCCCCGAGACACUUACGAGUGGAGGGUACAGCAUCAGCGAGAUACGUCACCAGGGUCGAGGAGCCGUCGCAGGAUGCUGAUGACGAGAAGGGCGUGAAAUUAGGUCUGGGCGAUUUCAUCUUUUACAGCGUUCUGGUUGGUAAGGCCAGCUCGUACGGCGACUGGAACACCACACUCGCUUGUUUCAUGGCCAUACUUAUUGGUCUGUGUCUCACACUGUUGUUGCUGGCUAUAUUCAAGAAGGCGUUGCCCGCUCUGCCAAUAUCAAUAACUUUCGGACUCAUUUUUUACUUCGCGACCCGAUCCAUAGCAAAACCGUUCGCGGACGCGCUCGCCGCUGACCAAGUUUUCAUUUAGCUUGCCACUAAAUAAAACUCAAUUAAUUGUAUGAAUAAUCAAUACUCUCUGUUAAACAUAAGCCGGUAGAUAAAAACUUCCCUUACUAGUUUCUUCGUACGAACUAAAUAUAAUAAUUUUUAUUCCAGCUUUUUUUUUUAUUCAAUAAAAAUAUUUAAAUAAAUUUCGACGCUUAAUAUGACUGAUUUCUAGCAUUAAUCGAAAAAUAACAAUGCCAACGUAAUUGUAACUAGAAUUUUAGAUUUCAUAUAUAAUUUAUAUGUUAAUUGCAAAAAAGCUUCGAAAAGAAACGAAGAUUGACGAAAACUAUGAAUAAAUAAACAUUAUACAGUUAAAAAUCUUAUAAGCCGUUAGAGACGCUUAGACUCGUCGUUAGAAGCUAACAUCUAAACUAAAUAAGCAUUUGUAAAUAUUUUUGUUUCACAUCACUAGUUAGGAACAUUACAUAUUGUAUUUAAUAAAAAGAAUCAUUCUAUUAGCUUACUAAUAUUAUUUAUUAUAACACACAUUUGUUUUUUGCCUAAAAAUAAUACUUCCUUUGUAUGAUCGUAUCAUUUGGUUGAAAGUAAAUUUCUGUGUGAAAAAAGUUUAAAAACCGCCAAAAGUAUCAUGAAAUUGGCGGUAAAUAUCUUUACCAACAAUUUACAUUCCAUAUAAAUAAGAUACGCUAGGAAUAUAAAGCUGUAAUCGUUUAAAAAUAAAUCCUAUCUAACAAA